AUGGAUGUCUUUCUCUCUCGGGGCGCCGAUAUCAACCUUAAGAACCUCAAUGGACAGAAUGUUCUUCAUUUCAUCGCCUCGAAGAACAACCUCGACUUAGCCAAGCGUCUGCUAGCCUUGAAAACUCCAGUUUCUGCACGAGUGCGCGACAAGAGAGGCCAAUAUGCAAUCCACAGAGCGUCAGCUGUCGGUUCGGUGCCGAUGGUUAACUUGUUGCUUAAGCAUAAAAGCCCAUUGGAUGCCACAGAUAACUUUGGCUACACUGCCCUUCACCAUGCUAUAGCCGAGGGGCAUGGCGAUACAGCUGUCGCCCUGCUGAAAGCUGGGGCAGACGUUAGCAAACGCGACAUGGAAGGAAACCUCGCACUCGAUCUAGCGCCGGACAACGAGGUCUGCACCCUCAUAUCAAGACCCAAUCUAUGCCGCCUCCUUCAUCUAACCUACUCACAGGUUCGUUACUACAUUGAGCGUUUUGCUGAAGCUGAAGGGAUCGAGCUUCUGAAGUAA